CGAGAAAAAGUAACAAUAUCUAAUAGGACCCUCCAAUGGAAGUGCGUUGAAUCAAGAACCGACAGUAAGCGUCUUUUUUAUGGACGUUUUUUUCUGGCUCCGCUUAUGAAAGGUCAAGCUGACACAAUAGGCAUUGCGAUGCGAAGAGCUUUGCUUGGAGAAAUUGAAGGAACAUGUAUCACAUCCAACGCCCUAUUCAAAGUUAAGUAG